ACAAGAAGCAUGUUACACAGGUUGGCUACACCACCAUUCCGCUGGGUUGAGAGCGGCCACGGGAUCUACUUAUAUGGGCCGGAGUCCCUGCCGAGAGUCUUCCAGCCACUUCGCCAGUCGACCUCGCUGGUUGCAUUGGGGCAUUGCUUGGAUGAAUCACUUGGUUGAAUCAGAGUGAUCUCACGUUUACGAACUACACGAGCGGACAUGAUGCAGCGCUCGAUGAUUCUCAGAAGCUUUGUGGGUGAUGGCAUGAUUGUAGGCAUUCUGUGGCCGCUUUUCAGCAUCAGCGGCUGCGGGUCCACGGGGAGCCAGCUUAAGCUGAGAAAGAGAACUUACUGCUCGCCGCCUACCCCACGAACAAGAUCUCAGGGUGAUUGGAUUCCCACAGCAACUCUACUUGAGAAACCAGCGUCCCGGGAACCUCUGGUUUACUGUGGAGCCGGUCCGAAUGGGCCCCUUGCGAGUACUGUCCGUACCGGACACUUGGUCCACCAAUCAGAAAAGCGGAAUGAUUGCACUCAGGUACCAUCUGCACCAGCAUUCCCUGUGCAGCAUGAGAUACAUUGGUUGCGGUGGUGAUUUGGCCCCUACGUUCCGGGGGCAUUCCAGGGGGAGAAUGAGAGGAUC